AACCUUGUGAAAACGGCUAAAACCCCGGUUCCCGCGAUACAGUAGCAAAUGCCAGACAUCUUAUCCACUCCACUCCCCAAUGUCUAGCCUCCUUCUCAGCUCUCACACCUUCUUCGCCACCCGCCUCAACACUCUCCCCUUUCUCUCCCCCAAACCCAAAUACGACGCCGUUCUGCUCGUCCGAGCCACAGCCACCUCCGCCCCAGAGAAGCGUACCCGAAGGAAGAAGAGGCAGCCCAAGGACGAUGACUCUACCGCCGAGAAAGGCCUUCGCUUCAUCUUCAUGGAGGAGCUCAUGGUACGCGCCAGGAAUCACGACGCCAUUGGCGUCACUGAGGUCAUCUAUGACAUGAUCGCCGCUGGCCUCAGCCCCGGGCCACGCUCCUUCCAUGGCCUGAUCGUUGCUCAUGUCUUCAAUGGCGAUACAGAGAGCGCGAUGCAAUCGCUCAGGAGGGAGCUGAGCGCAGGUCUUCGUCCUCUCCAUGAAACAUUCGUCGCCCUAAUUCGACUGUUUGGGUCGAAGGGUCGUGCUACGAAUGGGUUAGAAAUCCUUGCUGCAAUGGAGAAAUUACAAUACGACAUUCGUGGGGCUUGGAUUAUACUUGUUGAGGAACUGGUUCGUAGUAAUCAUUUGGAGGAUGCCAAUAGGGUCUUCUUGAGGGGUGCCAAAGGUGGCUUGAGAGCUACUGAUGAGGUCUAUGACCUUUUAAUAGUAGAAGACUGCAAAAUCGGAGAUCAUUCCAAUGCUUUAGAUAUUGCUUAUGAAAUGGAAUCUGCAGGGCGCAUGGCCACAACUUUUCACUUCAAUUGUCUCCUUAGUGUGCAGGCUACUUGUGGAAUCCCUGAAAUCGCUUUUGCUACAUUUGAGAACAUGCAAUAUGGAGAAGAACCCAUGAAACCUGAUACAGAAACAUAUAAUUGGGUGAUCCAGGCAUAUACCAGAGCUGAGUCUUAUGACAGAGUGCAAGAUGUUGCUGAGUUACUUGGCAUGAUGGUUGAAGACCACAAACGUUUGCAGCCUAAUGUGAAGACCUACUCGUUGCUAGUAGAAUGCUUUACCAAGUAUUGUGUAAUAGGAGAGGCUAUACGACAUUUCCGUGCCCUUAAAAACAUUGAAGGGGGAACAAUAGUUCUACACAAUAACGGAAACUUUGGAGAUCCUCUUUCUUUGUAUCUUCGGGCUUUAUGUCGAGAAGGGAGAAUUGUUGACUUGCUAGAAGCUUUAGAAGCUAUGGCCAAAGAUAACCAACCAAUUCCACCACGAGCCAUGAUCUUGAGCAAAAAGUAUCGCACUCUCGUAAGCUCUUGGAUUGAACCUUUGCAAGAAGAAGCUGAACUUGGAUAUGAGAUUGAUUAUGUGGCCAGAUACAUUGCAGAGGGUGGGCUUACUGGUGACCGCAAACGAUGGGUGCCUCGGAGAGGAAAAACUCCUUUGGAUCCUGAUGCUGCUGGAUUUAUAUAUUCAAACCCUAUGGAAGCCUCAUUCAAGCAAAGGUGUCUUGAGGAUCUGAAAGUUUAUCAUAGAAAGCUUUUGAGAGCUUUACGGAAUGAAGGACCUGCAGCUCUUGGAAAUGUAUCUGAAUCAGAUUAUAUUAGAGUACAGGAGAGGUUAUGGAAAAUAAUAAAGGGUCCAGAACAGAAUGUCUUAAAGCCAAAAGCUGCUAGUAAGAUGGUAGUGUCUGAAUUAAAAGAAGAGCUAGAAGCACAAGGUCUGCCAACUGAUGGUACUAGAAAUGUUCUUUACCAGCGUGUCCAAAAGGCAAGGAGAAUAAACCGCUCUCGCGGUCGACCACUUUGGGUUCCUCCUGUCGAAGAGGAGGAAGAAGAGGUUGAUGAAGAGCUGGAUGAACUAAUCUCACGGAUUAAGCUGCAUGAAGGGGAUACAGAGUUUUGGAAACGCCGGUUCCUUGGAGAAGGCCUGAAUGGUGAUAAUGGAAAUUCCGUAAAUACAGGCAAAUCGGAUAUUGAAAUUGUGUUGGAUGAAGUUGAUACCGUGGAAGAUACCAUAAAUGAGUUAGAAGAUGAUGAUGCUGAUGCUGAUGAUGAGGCUGAUGCUGAUGCUGAAGCUGAUGAUGAGGAAGAUGAGGAGGAUGAGGAAGAGGAGGAGGUGGUGGAAGGGGCAGAUGUGGUAGAACAAACUGAGGGCCAAGAUGCAGAAAGAGUCAAGGAAAAGCGAGUUGAAGCUAAGAAACCUCUUCAAAUGAUUGGGGUGCAGUUGUUGAAGGAUUCUGAUCAAACAACAACCUCAUCUAAAAAGUCAAGGAGGAGAGCCUCUAGAUUUGCCGAUGAUGAUGAUGACGAUGACUGGUUUCCCGAAGAUGUAUACGAGGCAUUUAAGGAGCUGAGGAAUAGGAAGGUGUUUGAUGUAGAUGAUAUGUAUACAAUAGCAGAUGUUUGGGGUUGGACAUGGGAGAAAGAACUGAAGAAAAUACCUCCUCGAAGAUGGUCACAGGAAUGGGAAGUUGAGUUGGCAAUUAAAAUUAUGCUGAAGGUUAUAGAAUUGGGUGGAACACCCACCAUUGGGGAUUGUGCAAUGAUCCUGCGUGCAGCCAUAAAGGCUCCUAUGCCUUCAGCUUUCUUGACGAUUUUGCAGACAACGCACAGUCUAGGUUAUGUAUUCGGGAGUCCCCUCUACGAUGAAAUCAUUUCUCUCUGUGUUGAUCUUGGAGAGCUGGAUGCUGCCAUUGCUAUAGUUGCAGAUUUGGAGACUACUGGAAUCACAGUACCAGACGAGACCUUGGACAAGGUGAUUUCUGCAAGACAGAACGAAAAUUCUGCCAAUAAUGAUGCGCCUUCGAAAUGAUUUGGUUUGUCAUUAUUUUCCUUGUUUGGUUAGUCUGAUUCCAGAAUCAAAUAUGUAUUUUCCAUGGCUGCCAAUCGAAAGCUGAAAUCCGCUGUAGUGCAGGUGUAAAUUAUCAGGAAAUAGCUAUAUAAACUUACCACUAUAGAAGCCUGUAAAAGCCAAAGAGGAAGAUCACAUUAUUUUUUUGUUUGUUAGUAUUGGUUCCAUUUAUUAUUA